CCUAUUUAGAGUAGUAAUUUCCGCUAAUUAGUGUGAUGUGCAAUUCCGGUUUUGUCCUUGUACUUUAAAGAAGGAAACGUUUUGAUUUGAAGGAGGCAGUGCAUUUUCCGAUUCUAGAGGGCGGCUAGUCAGGCGAAAGAUUCGCGUUUAUUGUCUGUUGCAUGCUUCCGGAUUUCGAGCUCGGUGAAUCAGGCGGUUGUUUUGCACUUCCCAAAAUUAAAUUCUGGAAUUAUGAAUCCUUCGGAGUUUACAACACCAGAGAGAUCUAUUCCACAAAGGAGACGCAGUGCAAGGCUUGCAAUGGCUACUGAUGAUGCAUUGCGUGGUCCAGAACAACCAUUGACAGAGGAUGAUGCGCUGGAUGAACUUCCUCUUAGUAAACGGAUGGAGAAGGUUCAGGACGCACAAAAGGCGGAAAAAGCUGGUUUACUUGAUGGCAGGAUUAAUACAUAUUGCAACGUUAACGAAGUGGCUAGACAGAUUAGAGGGAUACUAACUCCGGAGGAAGUUAAUCGUUUUAGGGCUUCUACUUUCGGUGUUCUGUUGGAUGUUUUGGACUGCCCAUGGAUAAGUGGUCAAUUGCUCAUUCAUUUGGUUGGGAAUUGUGUGAGGAGUGCUGAUGGGGCAGGCAUGAAAGACGUGUUGAAUGAAUCUGUUAAGCGGAGAGAAAUCAGCAAUGCAUUCCUAAGCUUUAGACGUGAUGCGGAUGGGUCAAUGCCAAAUGACGCCCUUAAGAUGUCUUUGUUGUAUGCUUUGGCAAAUACGUUUCUGGGUAACCAACCCUCUGUUAAUUUUCCAAUGUGUUAUUUGAACUUGGUUGAUGAUCUGGACGAGUUUAAUAGCUACCCAUGGGGGGAUGACGUCUGGAGGGAGUUGGUGGAUCAUGUGUACAGGUGUGCAGUGUGCAUUGAAAAGGGGGGUAGUACUAGGCCUACAUUCGGAGGAUUCAUGUUUGCUCUUCAGGUGUGGGCGUUUGAGACAUUUCCAGCCCUUGCGGAAGCUGGGAUGUGUGUGGUGGAUCCUGACAGGGUAAAUGCAAUACCUCGGUCGAAGGGGAAAGGGAAGUUGUCUCUAAGUGCUUCGAAGAGGGCUCGGAAUGUGAAGGCAAAACAAGUUAAUAUAAGGGAAGCGUUGGGGAAGAUGAAAGUUGGUGGGAUGGCAUCUGGUGCUGGGGUGAGGGAAGAGAGGCGCAGUGUGAAAUUGAAUAGAAAUUAUGUGGGGCGAAGAGGACAGGUGCAGUGUGUGGCAGGUAAGGGGUGUGAUCACCUGAGCUUAGUGAAGGAAAUUGCAGAUAUAAAGGAGAAGCAAGCUGCACAGGACAGAAAACUAGAUGAAAUUUUGGGUAUUCUCCGAUUAAAAUCUCCAUCUGUUGAAGUUGGGUCGGCAUCAGGGAAAGCGUCGUUAAUGGGGGGCAAUGAGGAAGUUAAAGAGCAGAUGGAUGAUCGUAAUGGCGAUAGAAAUGCAGAGCCCAAAGUGGAAUGCGCAAAUGAUGUCGAGAUGUGUUUUGACGCCGGGGGGCCAUCCUUCGAUCUUUUAACUCCAAUGCCGAAAGGUGAAGCCGCCGGAGACGACAAUCCAAAUCCCAACAGUGGUAGUGUGUCGGUGACAAAUGCCUCGGGUUAUGAAAAGGAAGGGAAGUGUGUUGAGAUCCCUUUCACUGAGACGCAGUAUGAUACUCAAUACCUCGAGCUUAUAGACAGGCAAACCGAACUGAUGCUAAAUUCGUUAAAGAAUGCCAAAAGUGUUCCUUUGGUAUGUUGUGAAGGUGUUGUGGGUCAGGAUGUGGAUGAUGUGAAAUGCAAUGUGGGUGAAGAUGGUGCGAGGGUUGACUUAUAGUAGUAUAAAAUAUAAAGAUUAAAAUUUGGGAUAAUAAUAAUCUUGUAUAUUUCUAUAGAAAAUAUUUCCAAUAAUAUUUAGAAAAUAUUAUAGAUAUUUUCUAUACACAAAAUGAUAUAUGUGGAACAAAAAUAAUAUUUUCUCUCACUA